AGACCCGCUUGGACACCAGGGGGCGAUGCCCGACCCUCUAUAAAAGCGGUCCCCGCGCGGGCCUGGCCAUUCGCGACCCGAAGCUGCGCGGGCGCGAGUGAGUUGGGGCACUGGGUGGGCGGCAGCGACAGCGGCGCCACGCGCAGGCUGGAGGCCGCCGAGGCUCGCCAUGCCGGGAGAACUCUAACUCCCCCAUGGAGUCGGCCGACUUCUACGAGGCGGAGCCGCGGCCCCUGAUGAGCAGCCACCUCCAGAGCCCCCCGCACGCGCCCAGCAACGCCGCCUUUGGCUUUCCCCGGGGCGCGGGCCCCGCGCCGCCCCCAGCCCCACCUGCCGCCCCGGAGCCGCUGGGCGGCAUCUGCGAGCACGAGACGUCUAUAGACAUCAGCGCCUACAUCGACCCGGCCGCCUUCAACGACGAGUUCCUGGCCGACCUCUUACAGCACAACCGGCAGCAGGAGAAGGCCAAGGCGGCGGCGGGCCCCACGGGUGGCGGCGGUGACUUUGACUACCCGGGCGCCCCAGCGGGCCCCGGCGGUGCGGUCAUGUCCGCGGGGGCGCACGGGCCCCCUCCGGGCUACGGCUGUGCGGCGGCCGGCUACCUGGACGGCAGGCUGGAGCCCCUGUACGAGCGCGUCGGGGCGCCCGCGCUGCGGCCACUGGUGAUCAAACAGGAGCCCCGCGAGGAGGACGAGGCGAAGCAGCUGGCGCUGGCCGGCCUCUUCCCCUACCAGCCACCGCCACCGCCGCCGCCGCCGCACCCGCACGCGUCUCCCGCGCACCUGGCCGCGCCCCACUUGCAGUUCCAGAUCGCGCACUGCGGCCAGACCACCAUGCACCUGCAGCCUGGCCACCCCACGCCACCGCCCACGCCCGUGCCCAGCCCGCACGCUGCGCCCGCCUUGGGUGCUGCGGGCCUGCCGGGCCCCGGGGGCGCGCUCAAGGGCUUAGCGGGUGCGCACCCCGACCUCCGCACGGCCAGCGGCGGUAGCAGUGCCGGCGCGGGCAAGGCCAAGAAGUCGGUGGACAAGAACAGCAACGAGUACCGGGUACGGCGGGAACGCAACAACAUCGCCGUGCGCAAGAGCCGAGAUAAAGCCAAACAGCGCAACGUGGAGACGCAACAGAAGGUGCUGGAGUUGACCAGUGACAAUGACCGCCUGCGCAAGCGGGUGGAACAGCUGAGCCGUGAACUGGACACGCUGCGGGGCAUCUUCCGCCAGCUGCCUGAGAGCUCCUUGGUCAAGGCCAUGGGCAACUGCGCGUGAGGCGCGCGGCUGCGGGACCGCCUUGGGCCGGCCCAGUGGCCGGGGACCCGGAGGAUUGUUUCGGGUCGCUGGAUCUUUAGGCUGCGUGGGCCGUGCAAGCCAGGACUAGGAGAUUCCGGUGUCGCCUGAAAGCCUGGCCCGUUCCGCGCGUCCCCUCCCUUCCUCUGAGCCGGACUGGUGCGUUUAAGAUGAGGGAGUCAGGCCGUGGUGGUUUCUCCUUGAGACCGAGAGACUUUUCCGCGGAGCUGAGCUGGGAGCCCGGCAGUUCUAGUAUUAAGGAAGUAACCUUGUGCCUUGGAGACUCAAAACUCGCUCCUUUUCCUACCGAGUAGGGGGAGCAAACAUAUGUGCCUUGAUAUUUUAUUUGGAGGAUUCCUGCUUCCUCUCGGGCCUCGGCUGGCCCCCAUGAGAAAAGUGAAGGGUGCAGGCCCAGGGCAGGAGGAAGAUUCAGGAAGCUGAAAUCCCGGCAGUGCCUUGCCCCGCAGUCCCUGUCCUUAGAGGGGAGGGACUUAGGGUGCUGGGAUUUGAGUCUAAGCGUGUCCCCACCCCCACCCCCAGCUAUCGGGAGAUGGAGUGUUCCUAACCCUUUCGCUUUUCGCUCCUCCACCUACAUUCCUGCCCCCCACCCCCACCCACCCCCAGUUUUAAACAGGCCAGGUUUCCUGGGUGAGUUCAUGGAGAAUGGGGGCACCACCCCCAGUCAGACCAGAAAGCUGAGUCGUGAGUUAGCCAUGUGGUUAAUCGAGUGCUAGGAGACAGGGACCUAGGUUUCUGGUCUUUGGGGGUGGGGGAUAAAAGGACGCCGAGACCGACCCGUCAGCCUUGUGUGUACUGUACGUCGUCGCCAGCCGCUGUUGCUGAAGGAACUUGAAGCACAAUCGAUCCAUCCCAGAGGGACUGGAGUUAUGACAAGCUUCCCAAAUAUUUUGCUUUAUCAUCCGAUAUCAACACUUGUAUCUGGUCUCUGUCCCAGCGGUGCCUUGUGCAAUGUCAGUGUGCCUCUAUGCUAAACCACCAUUUUAUUUGGUCUUUUGUUUUGUUUUGGUUUUGCUCUGAUUCUUGCCAAACUGAGACUCUUCACUAACGGCUGGGGGAAGGAGCUGAGUGAGGCUCUCGUUCUUUUUGGUUUAGGGUUGUUUGGAUUCUACACACCCCCUCACCUCCCAGAGGACCAAUGAAGUGAAGUGGCCUUCUCCCUCUCCCCUAGUUUUCCAAGGGUGUAUGUAGUUGUGGGUCUUAGCUUCCUCCGGCUAAGACCUAUACAGGCUUCCCCACCCAACCACCCACCCACCCCCAGCCCCAAAGGCCCUGGCUCUGGGUCUGGAAAGAAGGCCACCUCCAGCCAAUUCGUACACACCCCUGCGGGCUGGGAGCAGGGGUGGACUGCUUCCUUCUCAUCUUUUAUUUUCGGGGGCGGGGGGGACACAAAGUUUCAUGCUAGAUGUCGUAUGUAUUAUAUCUAUAAUAUAAACAUAUCAAACUCAA